UUUCAAAAUUACGAUUCACCAUCCCCUCGUUUUCAUCAUUUUUCUCAUUUUCUCAAGCGAGAAAACCAUUUCCCUCUCUUUCUUUAACUGACUUUCCUUUUUUUACUCCUAUUCCCCGGAACCCUAACUCGAUCCGCCGGAGAAUUCAAGAUUCCGUUUGAUUUCGUCUUGUUGUUAUGUUUUUGGUUGGAGUGGUGUUGUUCUGAAUUGGAGUUUUCUGGUGCAUUAGAUGACCGUACGAUUAGGGAGGAGUUGAUAUCAAAUCGCCUGGGUUUCAUCACCGGAUGGAGGGAGGUAGCGUCUCUAGACUUACUUGCUCUGGGAUACACUCAUGGAUUAUGAUGACAAUGAUUUCCAAAGCCCAAAUCUUCAUUUAGCUGGCGAAGGGAACAAUAAAUUUCCUCCUGUUUUACGCCCGUAUGCUCUCUCCAAAUUUGAUUUUGAUGAUAACCUUCAUGGACGCUUAAGAUUUGAUAGUUUGGUUGAAACUGAAGCUUUUCUUGGCAUUGAAAGCGGUGAAGAUAAUCAGUGGAUUGAAGAUUUUUCACGGGGGAGUAGUGGGAUUGCAUUUAGUUCAAGUGCAGCUGAGCCUUGUUCAAUUUCUAGGCACAACAAUGUCUGGUCUGAGGCUGCCUCUUCUGAAUCAGUUGAAAUGCUAUUAAAAUCUGUAGGACAGGACGAAAGUGUUAUUGGUCAAUCUAUUAGUAAGGAUUCAGAUGCCUGUGAUGAACUGGGUGGCAUAAUAAGGAAGAUGGAGCCUAGUUUGGAACAUGGAGAUAGUGGUCUUUCUAAAGUAGGCUUACAGCCUGCCUUACAGACAGGUGAGAUUCCAGGAAAAUUAUCUGGGUUGGAAGGUGAUGUGUUGGGAGAUCAUGGCGAUGUCGCUCAAACACAUAAAUUUGACCCCUCUGUUGAUGGGGCAUUGAAAGCUCCAAAUAUAAGAAAUACUGACAUAUCUGAGAGAGAGAGGUCUAAAGAUGGUGAAGAAAUUGUUGUUAAUGAGAAUCAAGUGGAAGUUUCGGUUGAUGAAUUUGUGGAUAACAGGGAACAGGUAGAUAACUUUGCUUCUGGGUCUCAAACUGAUAUUGUGAUUCCCUCUGUGAAAAACACCUGUGCCAGUAGUAAGGAUUCAGAUGCCAGUGAUGAACAAGGCGGCAUAAUAAAGCAGAUGGAACCUAGUUUGAAACAUGGAGAUUGUGGUCUUUCUGAAGUAGACGGCGGCUUACAGCCUGCCUUACAGACAGGUGAGAUUCCAGGAAAGUUUUCUGGGUUGAAAGGUGAUGUAUCAGGAGAUCAUUUGUUGGUUGAAGAUGUUUCUCAAUCACAUGAAUUUGAGCCCUCUAUUGAUAGGGCAUUGGAAGUUCCAAACAUGAGAAAUACUGACUUACCUGAGAGAGAUGAGUCUAAAGAUGGUGAACAAAUUGUUGCUAAUCAAAAUCAAGUGGAAGCUUCGGUUGAUCAAUUAGUGGAUAACAGGGAACAGGCAGAUAAAUUUGCUUCUGGGUCACAAGUUGAUACUGUGAUUCCCUCUGUGCAAAACACCCGUUCUAGUAGUGCAUUUUUAGAGAGUCAAGAUAAGAUACCUUUUAAAAAUGAUGUCAUUGAUGAAACUGUUGUCAGUUUAGCAAGGGAAAAUGUUGAUUCAAGCCAAGAAGUUCACAUUGAUAGUGAGAACUUGAUUGGAAAUGCAGGUGCAAGUGUUACCUUGCAUGUGCAGAAGCAUUCGGCCUUGGACAUUCAAUCUAAGGAAGAAGGACAUGCUAUUGGAAAUAUUAUACCUACUGUGGGCAAGCCAUCUGAUAGGAUAUUGAAAGAGAAUUCUGACCUCCAUAUGGUGGAAGGGUGCAGCGAGGCCUUGGGUGUAGAAAGUCCUCCUCGAACUGGCAUAUCCAAAGAUAUUGUCUUGUCUGUAGGAAAAUUACAUAACAUAUCACCAAUGCCCUUUGUUGGUGAUACUAACCUUAAGGAGAAGGAAAGCGAAACCAGCAAUACUGAUGCUCAAAUUUCUGUGAGUCGAGAGUCAAAGUUGGAUAACUUGGAUUCGAUGGUGCAGGUAGCAUGUGAUGCCAUUGAGAAAGAUUUGUCAGAAAGUCAUUGCCACUCUGAUUCAAAAAUCUUGAGCAGCAAGCCUGAGAAAUAUUUGUUGUCAGUGCAAGAUGUUAAAGGUUCUAAGGGUGAAGGUGAUGGUGCCCACAAUACUUUGGGAGCAGAACGUACGAGAAUAGAUGAGGAAUUUACAGUCUCUGAACAUAAUGAUGAUUAUAAAUUUGAUCAGAGUGUUUCAGCUGCUGCAAAGCAGAACACCCAAUUGCCUUCUGAUUGUAGUAAAACAGAUCACGGGGAGGGUGGGUCUCCGGUUGUAAUAAAGGGAGUUGAUUCCUCUUCCUUUGGCACAGGUGACAAUGUUGCCAUCAGUGGGAAGUCAGUGGAUUGUGUUCUUUUGCCUUAUGGUAAGAGUCUCCCUUCUGCUGCUGUUUUUGAUCAGAAAGAGGUUCAAGUGUCAUCUCCAGAGGCAAGUCUCUCAAUUAUGAAGAGUACUGAAAUGAAAACAGUAAAAGGUGCACCUUGUGAGACUGGUGAACAGUCCUCUUGUAAGAAAGUUGAUCAGUCCUUGUCAAGUGAGGAUACCUCUAAUGCUGUCGGCCAAAGUGGGGACCAGACAGUUCAUGGUGUCAGUUUGGAGGCUGUAAAGAAUAUGCAUGCACCUUCUAAUGUCUCUGAUUCAAUUGUGAGAGAGACUGAUGGUGCCGAAGCUGAAGUUGUUUCCAAAAGGGGUUCUUCAGUAUCUUCAGGUGCCGUAUCAAUUCAAGAUAAUAACAAAACAUUAACAAAUUCAGAGCCUUCAACUUCAAAGGAACUGUCCCAUAACGCUGACCAAAAUCAUCCUGAAGAUGGUGACCACAAAUUACCUUCUGAACAGAUCAGUGGUCAAAUUGUUGUGCAUCAUGCUGAUGGUGAUCAUGUGAAGACACAUAAUAGUACCUUUCCUUCUGCACCUUCAUCCGAAUCUCAAACUAAGAUUCACAUAAUGGAAUGUGGAAGUAGUAGUGCUGAUCUAGACAAUCCUUCCUGUGGAUCUCCAAUUCUCGUUAGAAUUUCUGAGCAGCCAGAGAGUGAAAUCGGAACACCUACUGUGAAAGGAUCCAAAGAUCUGGGUGCUUCAGUGUCUGGGGUCACUAAUGGGGAAGGAAAUAAAGAGAUGUCUAUUUCUCAGGAUACUAAAGGACAUGUUGCAUCUUCAGGAGAUGGAAGUUUCACCUUCGAGGUAUCUCCAUUGGCAAGUUUGUCUGAAAAAGCAGCUGGCAAGAAUUGGCAACCUUUUUCUACUGUUCAACAUGACAAAACAUCCUCUGUUGUUGAGCGAAUUCCAUCAACCUCUAAAAGGGAAAAUUUGGGUGGUGGCUCCAAGGGGACUUCUGAGCGUAAAACAAGGCGAGCUGGUAGUAAGAGCACAGGAAAGGAAGCUGCUAAAAAGGGUGUUGUUGCAAAAGAUACAACUCCUGCAAGACAAUCAGAAAGAAGUGGUAGAACGAGUAAUGUGUCACUCAGUAAAUCUGAAAUUGGCCAGCUUGUGAAAUCCAAUGAGAUGCAGUACUUGGGACACAUGGAAGUGUUUAACCAGCCUUUUACAGACUUGCAACAAGUUCAAUUACGUUCUCAGAUUUUUGUAUAUGGUGCUCUGAUUCAAGGAAUUGCACCUGAUGAAGCUUAUAUGAUAUCAGCAUUUGGGGGACCUGAUGGUGGAAGAACCAUAUGGGAGAAAGCUUGGCAAGCAUGUAUGGACAGGGUACAUUGUAAAAAAUCUCUUGUUAGCCCUGAAACUCCGUUGCAGACACAUAUAGGUGCUAAAACUCCCGAUCAAUCAAUCAAACAAAAUGCACUUCAGACUAAGACUACAUCCUCACCUGCCAGUCAGUCCAACAGCAGGGGUACUUCAACAACAAUUGUAAAGCCAAUGAUCCCACUUUCCUCACCGCUUUGGACUAUUCCUACACCUUCCAGUGACGCCCUUCAACCAGCUAGUAUUCCAAGAGGUGCAGUUGCGGACUAUCAGCAGGCACUUUCUCCGUUGCAUACUCCACCUAUAAGGAAUUUCGUUGGACAUAAUGCUCCUUGGAUGUCCCAAUCCCCUUUUCGUGGCCCCUGGGUUCCACAGAGUUCUGCAUUUGAUAACAAUACCCAUUUUCCUGUACUUCCUAUCACAGAAGCAGUUAAUUUAACUCCUGUAAGAGAAGCAUCUGUGCCUAAUUCUUCCAUCAUGAAACAGGUUUCAACAGUUCCUAUGGUCCAGAGUGGUAGUCCUGCCAAUGUCCUUGCAGGGACUCCCCUGCUUGACAACAAAAAUGCAACAUUUAGAACUGGUCAGCAUUCUGCUGAUCCAAAGCCUAGGAAAAGAAAAAUAUCUACAGUUUCUGAGGACCAUGGGCAGAUUAUACUGCAUUCUCAAACAGAGACUCUUUUGGAUACUGUUGUGAAUAGUCAUGCCUCUACGCCUGCUGCUAUUACAACCCCUGCUGCCAUUGUUUCAAAGUUGGCCACUGACAAAUUUAUUACGUCUGUCUCUACUGAUUAUCUUGAAAAGGGUGACAGAGAUUCAGAUCCGAAGGCUACUUUGUCUGAAGAGACCCUUGGUAAACUCAAAGAGGCUCAGAAGCAGGCGGAGGUUGCUGCUGCCCUUGCUGCUGCUGCUGUUAGUCACAGUCAAGAAAUAUGGAAUCAGUUGGACAAGCAAAAAAAUACUGGGUUGGCACCAGAUGUUGAAACUAAGCUGACUUCUGCAGCAGUUGCCAUAGCAGCAGCGGCUGCUGUUGCAAAGGCUGCAGCUGCGGCUGCCAAUGUUGCCUCAAAUGCUGCCCUACAAGCAAAAAUGAUGGCUGAUGAGGUGUUGGUUCCUAGUGGCUGCAGAGAUCCUAUUCCAAUUAAUGCUCUGUCUUCUGAUAGUGUGAAGAAGCUUGGCAGGGCAACUACUGCAUCCAUCUUGAGGGGUGAAGAUGCUUCUACUAGUUCAAAUUCUGUUAUUGUUGCUGCAAAGGAAGCUUCUAAAAGGAGGGUGGAAGCUGCUUCAGCUGCCUCAAAGCAAGCUGAAAACAUGGAUGCCGUUGUUAAAGCUGCUGAGCUGGCAGCCGAAGCAGUAUCUCAGGCUGGAAAAAUUGUUAUGGGGGAGCCUUUCCCAUUGACUGAAUUGGUAGAAGCUGGUCCAGAGGCAUACUGGAAAGUAUCCCAUGCAUCUCCUGAGCCAAAUGCUGCUAUCAGAGAACACUUAGACAAAGGUGGUAAUGUGGAGGCUCCUGGUUCAGUUGUCGGGCAUUCAGAAGAGGUUCCCACAGAUAAGAACGAAAACCAAAGUAAUAACCAUGAAAUAUCACUGGUUCUUAGAGAGAUGGCCAGAGAUUCCGUGCAGGAUCAUUCCAGGUUGACAGAUGGCAUUUUGGGUUCUGCUGCAACAAGUGGAAAUGACAAAAAGGGACAAAAGGGUCGCAAAGCUUCAGAUAUUGCCAAAAGUAAAGAGGUGUCCACUAAUACUGAACAUGGGAAAGCAAAGGAAACUUCUAAUGAUAACAAUGUGAAGGAAGGUUCCCAUGUUGAGGUAUUGAGAGAUGGAGAUGGAGGUGGCUUGAAAGUAGCAUGGUUCCCUGCUGAUAUUCUGGAGUUGAAAGAUGGCAAAGCUUAUGUGUGUUACAAUGAACUUCGAUCAGAGGAUGGUGAUAGGCUAAAGGAAUGGGUGGAGGUUGAAGGUGAAGGGGAUAGAGCACCCUGGAUACGCAGUGCUCGUCCUAUUACAGCCAUGCCUUUUGAAGGAACGAGGAAGAGACGCAGGGCUGCCAUGGGGGACUAUAAUUGGUCCACUGGAGAUAGGGUUGAUGCAUGGAUACAAGAUAGCUGGUGGGAGGGAGUUGUCAAUGAGAAGAGCAAGAAAGAUGAAACAUCAUUUACCAUCCAUUUUCCUGCUCAAGGAGAAACAUCUGUGGUCAAAGCAUGGCUUCUUCGUCCUUCUCUGAUGUGGAAGGAUGGUAAUUGGGUUGAAUGGUCCUGUUGUGGGGAUAAUGAUGGCUCUUCCCACGAGGGUGAUACCCCACUGGAAAAGCGACCAAGGAUAGGCAGUCCUGUGAUACAGAACAAAGAGGAUAGUACUAAAUGUUUUGACAGUAAGGAAUCUGAGAAACCUGACAACACAAGAUUGCUGGAUUUAACUGCUGGUGAAAAAAUAUUUAAUAUCGGUAAAAGCACCAGAGACGAGAGUAAGCCUGGUUCACUCAGAAUGAAACGUUCUGGUUUAAAGAAAGAAGGAUCAAGGGUUAUUUUUGGUGUUCCUAAGCCAGGAAAGAAAAGAAAGUUUAUGGAAGUAAGCAAACAUUAUGUUGCGGAUCGGAGCAGUAGAACUCUUGGAACAAGUGAUUCAGCUAAAUUUACGAAGUAUUCAAUGCCUCGGGGAUCUGAGCCUGGAACAAAAAAUAAAACUGAACCGAAGGAAAAAAGAAAUGUUAUAUCCAAGCCUAAGGUUCUCAAGUCUGGAAAACCACCUAGUGUUUCCAGUAGAACUAUUCCUCAGAAGGACAGCUUAUCAAGCAUUGUGGGUUCUGAACCUGAUGAUGCUGUCACUGCAGAUGUAUCAAAAUUCAAGGAUUCUGCUAGCGGUGCUGAGAAUAUAUCAGGAGAGCAUAACUUGGAGUUGAGAUCUUCAAGUUCUGAUGGAGCUGCAGAGGGCCAGGUUUUAUUUUCUUGUGCUGCUCUCCCAUCAGAUGCACCCCCCGAGAAAGCUUCCACAUCAAAUGCUAAAUCCGAAUCUAUUAGUAAAGGGAAACUGGCACCAGUUUCUGGGAAGUUGGCUAAAGUUGAGGAGGAAAUGAAAAUUGUAUCUGAAGCUGUUGAACCUCGUAGAUCUAAUCGGAAGAUUCAGCCAACAUCAAGACUCUUGGAAGGUAUACAAAGCUCAUUGAUCAUCUCAAAAGUUCCAGUUUCACAUGACAAAGGUCAGAAAGGUCAAAGCAGGAGUACUAGAGGAAGUAACCAAGGUUGAGAAGCGAAAAACGAGCUGUUUUACAACCUGGGAACCCAGUCCUCUCAAGAUUUAUUGGAUGAACAACAGGCGACAUUCAACGGUGUAGCUUGUGUAAAUUAUGACAUUGACAGAUAGAGCUAGGAACCAAAAUUUUUUCUUUGGCUUUUGAGAUGUAGCAGUAGAUAUAUAUAAAAAUAUUUAUUUUGAAAUGAAUUUUAGUUUUGUUUACAAUUAUAAUAUUAUAAUCUAAUCUCUCUUUGGUCCC